ACUGCGAUGAUCACCGAUGACUUUCGCCUUUGUUAGAUUUGAAGCACACGAGGACCCGUAUUGUCGUCAGUAUAUGGAAAUUGUCAGAGUGGCAAGAUGGCUACGGAACCAAAUAAGACUGAGAUCCUCACCAUUUUCAAAAGAUUAAGAUCUAUUCCUACAAACAAGGCAUGUUUUGACUGCGCAGCAAAAAACCCCAGCUGGGCAAGUAUUCCCUAUGGUGUGUUCUUGUGCAUCGACUGCUCGGGCAUCCACCGUUCUCUGGGAGUACACCUCAGCUUCAUCAGAUCCACUGAGUUAGACUCCAACUGGAACUGGUUCCAGCUUAGAUGUAUGCAGGUUGGAGGCAAUGCCAGUGCGACGGCAUUCUUCCGCCAGCAUGGCUGCUCCACAAAUGACACCAAUGCCAAGUAUAACAGUCGUGCAGCCCAGAUGUACAGGGAGAAGAUUCGACAGCAGGCAAAUGCUGCUCUGUCCACAUAUGGCACAGACCUGUGGAUCGACUCUUCUGUGGGAGGCACUCCCGCAGGCUCUGAGAAGAAAGAGGCAGACUUCUUUUCUGAACAUACAGAGCUUGCUAACGACUGGAGCAUGCCACGGUCCUCCGAGAUGGAGCAGAAUGGAGCCAGUGUCACCCCACAUCUGACAGACAUGGCACCCAAAGGCCAGGAUGAUAACCAGCUGGAGGAAGGACCCAGCAUCGAUGGUCUAAGCACAUCACCCAAAGCCUCCAUUGAUGUGAUACCUUCCAUCAUUGGAAAAAAGAAGCCAAUGGCUGCCAAAAAAGGGCUUGGUGCAAAGAAAGGUCUUGGUGCACAGAAGGUGAGCAGUAAGAGUUUCUCUGAGGUGGAGAAACAGGCUCAGGUGGCUGAAAAGCUCAGAGAAGAGCGGGCUGCUGAGGCAAAGAAAGAAGCUGAGGAAUCCAUUGUGGCCUCAAUGCGUUUGGCUUACAAAGAACUUGAGAUCAACAGGAAGAUGGAGGAGAAGAAGCUUCAGAACUUAGAAGGAAAGAAGAGAGAGCAGGCUGAGAGAUUGGGCAUGGGCUUCGGAAACAGGAGUGUUGUGUCUCACUCAGUGAUGUCAGAGAUGCAAGUGAUUGAACAAGAAACCCCUGUGGGAGCCAAGUCUUCAUCUCGCUCCAAACUGGACAUGUUUGAUGAGCCAGGUUUCACUUCUGGGCCCCCAAAGUAUAAGGACAACCCAUUUUCAGUGGGAGACAGUUUUGGUUCCCGGUGGGACACUGAGGGAGGGACUGCCUCCUUUACCACCUCCUGGGCUCUGGAGAAAGAGGAUCCCAAAGAAGAGGUUACCAUCUCUAGUAUUCAGCCAUAUGGAGAGAGACUUCCCAGCAGAAGAAAAGCUGAGGUAUCAGCUCCAGUGUCCGAGUCGAGUGAGGCCAGGCAGAAGUUUGCCAAUGCAAAGGCGAUCUCUUCAGACAUGUUCUUUGGUCGGGAGAGCAGAGCGGAGUAUGAGGCAAAGACAAGGCUGGAGAGCAUGUCUGGAAGCACCUCCAUCAGUUCAGCUGACCUGUUUGGGGAUGGUAGUGACCCCAAAGAGAGGGCAUCAGGAUUUGAUAGUGUGCUCCCCUCCGGCCCAGAUAUUGCACAGUUCAAACAGGGAGUGAAGACUGUAGCAGGCAAGAUGGCCGUCCUUGCCAACGGGGUCAUGCAUACGAUCCAGGAUCGCUACGGCUCCUACUGAGCAGACUGAGAGACUAGCACUAACCUGUGGGAAGACGUACUAACGCCUGUGUGGAGUCAACCAGCCUCCUUUCUGACACGUGCAUUUGGGCCAAGGAGAAGGGAUGGAGACGGGAGGCAGAAAGAAUUGCAUGGGGAACAGAAAUGGUCCUUCUCACGUAUCCUUCUUUCAGAGACAGUUUUACAGGAGUGAGACAGUAUUUUUCAUCUCAUUCUCAUUUGCAGACUCUUGAGUUUUAUUGACAUACAGGAAACCAUCAGAGGGAGUAGUUGUUGUUUUUUUGUUUUGUUUUGUUUUUUUAAACCAAGAGUUUUGUUGUAAUUACUGUCAAGAAUUUUUUGGUCUUAGAUUUUCAAAAUGUUUGAGUUCAUUCUACUAUAUUUUAUUUCUUAUUCAUAAAUCAAAGUGUUAUUUUGAUUCACAUGAUCAGAUCCUUUGUUUUUUUGCUUUGUCUUACAGUAUAUAUUUUCAACUUUUGAAGAAAAUCCACACUAUUCAUUGUUUGAGUCACUGCCGCCCAUUUACAGUA